UUGGUCGUGAAGUGUGGGCGGGGUAGUGCCGGAGCAGGAAGUGUGACGUCUUUAUUUUGGAGGAGUCGAACAGCAACACAAACGACGAAAGGAAAAAUGGAGCAAAAUGUUGAAGAUUACAAGCUAAUUUUUGAGAAGGAAGGGGUAUACCUCCACACUAAUGCCAAGAGGAGUAACCAGGAGACCACCAUCCCAGGGUUCAUCCGCAUUGUGGAAAGGGCUGGCCUGCCUGCUUUGGAAUGGAGCCCCCUGGAGGAUGAAGGCCACAGUGCUCCGGCUGUACUCUACUCUAAAAAGGAUGGGGAAGAGGGGGCAGAGGAUACGCUCUUUGACCCUGGGUAUGAACCAGACUGGGCGGUUAUCAACACAGUGAAGAGAGACAGAGAACACGUUCCACUCAAGGAAUCAGGACAGUGGGCUUUCUCGCUUCCUCUCUCUGAACUGUACUCACUCCGGAGGGCACGGUUCUCGUUGGGUCGAAACUUUCUGGUGUUGACCAGUAGAGGGGCUCACCCGCUACCACCUCUGCAUUUCCACAGAGGGGGAACCAGGGAACUGCUGAGGGCUUUGCAGCGUUACAUCAUCUUGGCCCCGUCACCCGUUGAUGGGCGGCUUUUCCUCGUCUACCCACAUGAUUCAGGUGCCCUCUCACAGUCCUUUGAUGAGCUACAACUUUUUGAUGAUGGAGGCUCUGAUCUUGUUUCGAGGUUCAUGCAAGACCCUUAUGCCACUACCUUUGGCGGAUUCUCUAAAGUCACCAAUUUCUUCAAGGGGGCACUUCGGCCUCCAGAGUCCUCCAUCCGCCCUCACAGUGCUCAGGAUCCAACUCUACCUCCUCAGCCUGAUGAAGAACCGGGUUUUGAGCUCAUCACAUGUGGGGUUGAGCUCAGUCCCAGACCAGAAGUAAAGAGAGGACAACCCUUGAACCAGUGGGAUGAGUUUGUGGACUCUGAAGGACGGAUCCAGAACCCAGAGAGAAUCAAAGAGCUUGUGUUCAGAGGGGGCAUCAUGCCAUCCCUGAGGAAGGAGGUGUGGAAGUUCCUCCUGGGCUUUUAUCCAUGGAACAGCACCUUUAAGGAAAGGGAAGACAUUCUGCGCCAGAAAACAGACGAAUAUUUCAGAAUGAAGGUUCAGUGGAAGUCUGUCAGUGAGGAACAGGAGAUGAGGAACUCUCUCCUUAGAGGAUACCGAAACCUGAUAGAGAGGGAUGUCAACAGGACAGACAGACACAACACGUUCUUCUCCGGAAAGGACAAUCCUGGAUUAGCUCUGCUUCAUGAUGUGCUGAUGACUUACUGCAUGUACAACUUUGAUCUCGGUUAUGUCCAGGGGAUGAGCGAUCUCUUAUCCCCUCUGCUCUUCAUCACGCAGAAUGAGGUGGAGUCAUUCUGGUGUCUGACAGGCUUCAUGGAGCUGUUGCACCAAAACUUUGAGGAGUCUCAAGAGGCCAUGAAGAAGCAGCUCCUCCAGCUCAGUAUCCUGCUGAAGGCUUUGGACCCGGAGCUCUGCGACUAUCUGGACUCUCAGGACAGCGGUUCGCUCUGCUUCUGUUUCCGCUGGCUGCUCAUCUGGUUCAAGAGAGAAUUCUGCUUUGAGGACAUCCUCACUCUGUGGGAGGUCUUGUGGACUCGUCUACCCUGUGAGAACUUCCACCUGCUGAUUGCCUGCUCCAUCCUGGAAUCCCAGAGAGGGGAACUGAUUGGCUCGAACCACGAUUUCAACACUAUCCUGAAACACAUCAAUGAUUUAAAUAUGAGAAUGGACCUGCAGAGUGUCCUGCGUGAUGCAGAGGCCAUCUAUCUCCAACUGGUUCAGUGCAAGGAGCUUCCCCUGAAGGUGCAGGAGGUUCUGGGCCUGCACAACCCCACCAGACCUGAGGAGCAGAGCCCCGACUCCCAGGCCAGCGGUGCUGUCCAGGGAGUCCCUGCACAAGUCCAAGCAGGAGCUUCUUAAUCUGAGACAGGAGGUGUCACACCUGCAGCCUACUCUUAAAACUGAAGGACGCUGUGAUGCCAUCAGCAGUACACAUGAAGGAUAUUGCUAUAUUAAAAAA